UCAUGGUCACUCACUCCAUAACUUUAGGGUUAGGGUUUUUGGCGAUCAUUAUUCUCAGCAUCCUUCUUCGACUCCUCUCAUCCUCCUCGUAUCCUCAGAAUCGUCAAUCAUGGCCGAACAGACUGAGAAGGCAUUUCUGAAGCAACCCAAAGUGUUUUUGUGCUCGAAGAAGACUGGGAAAGGGAAGAGGCCUGGAAAGGGUGGGAAUCGCUUCUCGAAGAACGUUGGUCUGGGAUUUAAAACUCCCCGAGAAGCCAUUGAUGGAACAUACAUUGACAAGAAAUGCCCCUUCACUGGCAAUGUAUCUAUCAGAGGCCGCAUCCUAGCUGGCACAUGCCACAGUGCCAAGAUGAUGAGAACCAUUAUUGUUCGACGAAAUUAUCUCCACUUUGUGAAGAAAUACCAAAGGUAUGAGAAGAGGCACUCAAAUAUUCCUGCACACAUAUCUCCAUGCUUCCGUGUCAAGGAAGGGGAUCAUGUUACCAUUGGCCAAUGCAGGCCUUUGUCAAAGACAGUGAGGUUCAAUGUGUUGAAAGUGAUCCCCGCUGGAUCGUCUGGUGGUGGCGGGAAGAAGGCUUUCGCUGCCAUGUGAGCAUUAUCUUCCAAAUUGCUUCGCAGUUUUAUGUUGCUCUAUUCUUGUGAUGACUAUUGCAAUUUUGUUCAACAUCGAGUUUGAAUGUUUCUAUGGAUCAUUUGAAUCCUUAUUUUUUUUGGUUAAUGAAUAGAUGGGAUUUUGAAUAUAUUUUAUGGCACCACAAGUAUUAUAAAUUAAACAUUGAUCCUUUUUUUUUUU